AUGUCAUGGUUCGCGGAUCUUGCCGGCAGGGCCGAGACCCUGCUAAACAAUUUAGAUGAGCAAACGGGGGCAGUUCUUAGAAAUAAUGGCAGUGCUCUUAAAAACCGACCACAAAGUCCCGCCUUUACAGAGGCAUCAUUAGGCCAGAGAAAACGUCUAUCACCUAAACUUCCGAAGAGAAAUUCUAUAGACAGUAAAUCUACGUAUGCGCCUGCGAUAAAUCAUCAAUCAAGGUCAACUAUUAAAGGAAGUCUUGAUAAUGUGAGGCAACCCCCAGAGCGGCGCAGAAGGUCGCCUGCUAGAAAACCAAUACAACAUGUAACCCCAAACCAGAACGGCCCUAAACCUUUAAAUAAUGAUUAUGAUCAUUGUGGUUUAAGAAAGAGAAGGUUCAGCCUACCAACAGAUUUAGAACUUGUCAACCAUGAAUCCCUCACUUAUGAUUUGCAAAACUUAGAAGUUGAGAAUGCUAUGUUGAAAAAUGAGCUAAAUGUUGUAAAUAGAGAAGUUGCAGAUUUAAUUGAUACAUUGAAAUCAACAGAAGAUGAAUUAAACCAGGUGCAUGAUAAAUUGGAGACACUUGAGAAAACCAACCAGAGGUUGAGUUUAGACAAGGAGGGUUUGUUGGUUCAGCUAGACGAUCUAAGAUCCAAAAUUGAAGAGGUCAGCGUUGUGGAACUUUCACAAUACCGUUCAGAAAAAUUAGCAUUGGACAAAGAGAAUACCAGAUUACAAGAAAAGAACAGUGAUUUGGAAAAUGUUAUAAGAAAUCUCACAGAUGAACUACACAACAGAAACUCAGCGCAUACAAAAAUAGAAAAUGACUUGAGACAUGCGCAAAUGCAAGUGUCAGAAUUGGAGCAAGGCUGUGAAAAGAGGCAGCUAGAAUGCAUUAGGCUUGAGCGAGAAUGGGAAGCAUAUAAGCUUAGAGUUAAAAGCAUGCUAACCUCGAAAGAUAAUGAAAUAAAAACAUUGCGGGAAGGUAGUGAUAUGAACCAGGAUACAAAAGACCUCAUUGAAGAAAUUGAUAAAUUGAAGGAUGAACGGGAAGAGUUAUCACAAAUCCUCUCGCGAGUAAAAUCGGAAUGCUCAGAUAUGAAGAAGCAGAUUUCACAGUUGGAAUCCAGGCACAGUAACGCGGAAAGAGUUGUAACUGCCCUUAGAGACGCUAUGAAGGAAGAGAGGGCAGCUAGGAAUAAGGCCGAAGCGCAAGUUAAUUCAUUGAGCAAGGAACUUAAAUCCUUCCAAUUCCAAACUGGUCAGACUAUAGUGAACCUACGCACCGCGUUGCACGAUAAAGAGGAAGAGCUUAUGAACCUGAAGGAGGCCAGUUCGGAUCCCACGUCAGACACGAGCGCGCUGAAUGUCGGAGACUACGACGUCAUGCAUUCCAUAGAGAAUGAGAAGAUACAAUUCCUAACUCAGACGGUUGUACAGAAGCAAGGAAAGAUCGACGCAUUGCUGGCUGAUAAUAAUAUGCUCAAAAUACAAUUGGAUAAAUUAGAGUCUAAAUACAAGAGCGAAAUGGCCGCUCUACGCGCUAAUUCGCACAGCAUAAUACAUCUUCAAGAGGAGCGGCGCACGCGCACAUCAUCUCCUCUCGCCAAACUGUCUCUGCGCAUGGGGCUUAUUAUAAAACGCUUUCCUAUACUACGGAUCUUUAUCGUGUUUUAUAUGAUUGGCUUACACUUUUGGGUUAUGACAGUUUUACUAUCAAGUACUCCAGAGAAUUAUAUAAGGCCGUCGAAAUCCUGA